GGGGUCUCCCCUUCCCCGCCCCCCCCAGUGCAGAAAUCUCUCUGCCAGAGCAGCUGGUGGGCCAUGCACCAGCAGGUCGGGGGCUCUUGUUCCCCCAGUGCCCGGCAGCAUUUCACACGUCCUGCAGCAAACGGACCCUGCGUUUCCCCCCAGCACGCGGGUGUGACCCAGCAGCAAGGUCCCUCCAGCUUCUCCCCCGGGAGCGAUGUCCCUGCCGGCUCGGACGCGGCACUGUGAUCUCCACCGGCGCUGGGCUCAUCUCCAGCCUCGUGCCUGUGGAGGUGCCGGGACCCUGAGCAGAGCAGAUCAGCAGCCUCCUGAGGAAGAGCCUGUGAACCUGGAGCUGCAGAGACCCUCCCCAGGGACACGGGGACAGAGCAGCUCCCAGACGCCUGGGCCGGGCCAGCUGCAGGAGGGGCAGGGCAGGCCGGCGAAGCAGGGGCAGAGCAUGGAGCUCCAGGAGGUGUUUGAGGACGUGGCAGUGUAUUUCACACGGGAGGAGUGGGAGCUGCUGGAAGAGGAAGACAAGGGGCUUUACCGGGACCAGAUGCUGAGGAACUACCAAGCCCUCGUUUCCCUGGGAUAUCGAGGCCCUGCCCCUGACUUGAUCUGCCGCAUCCAGCGAGGACAGGUGGAGCUCUGUGUCUGUGAUGAUGAGGACGGUGGGGAAAUCUCGAGGUGGGAUGACCUGCGGCCAGGAGACACCUGGUUGCUGAGCACAGCUGAGGAGCAGGCUCCUGAGGAAGGCCCUGCAAAUCUGGAGCUAGCACGGGGCUCCCUGAUCCCUGUGAAGAAUCAGUGGCACAAGGGUCAGGAAAGGCCCCAAAAGCAGAAGGAGAAUGUGGCUGUGAACCAGGUCCCGUCUCAAGUUGGGCAUGAGAGUGAUGAAGGGAAAGAAGGCAGAAAGAGCCCAGGGUGCCGGGAACAGUUUCUGGUGGAAGCAGACCUGAAGAGGCACAUGACAAAUGUCCAUAGGAAAGAGACACUGCAUGCAAACCAAGGCAGUGUGGGGAGCCUCAGAGGGAAGCAGGAGCUCGCUGCCAAGCCCAGGGGGAGAGGCCACCCCUGCCCUCAGUGCAGGAAAAGCUUUAGCUGCCCCUCGCGCCUGGCUCUGCACAAGAUAAGACAUGCUGAGGAGAAGCCCCAUGUACGCGCCACGUGUGGGAAGAGCUUCACCUGCCUCUCGACCCUGGCUGCUCACCACCAGGUCCAUUCUGGACAGCUCCAAAACUGCUUGAUCAAAUGGGGAAAGACCUUUGUGCGCAGCUUGGAGCUAGUCAAGAACCAACAUGUGCGCAGGGAGAAUCUCCAGUACUGCUGUGUCACAUGUGGUAAGACCUUCACCCAUUUCUUCUCCCUGGUUCAGCACCGUCGCAUGCACUUGGGGAGGAAGACACACCGCUGCUCCAAGUGCGGGAAGAACUUCAUCAGCUGGCAAGGCCUGUCCCAGCACCGGUGUGUGUGGAGGGGGCAGCAGCUGCACCACUGCAGCAAGUGUGGGAAGAGCUUCAGGCAGCCCUCCAGCCUGGCCAGGCACAGGUGCGUGCACACACGGGAGAAGCCACAUCAGUGGUCUGUGUGUGGGAAGAGCUUUACCUGUUCGCCCACUGUAGCCAAAGGUCAGCUCAUCCCUGCAGAGGAGAAGCCACAUCAGUGCUUGGAGUGUGGUAAGAAGUUUGCUAAAUUCUCCUACUUGGCCUGGCACCAGCUUUUCCACACAUGGGAUAAGCCACGUCAGUGCUGUGUGUGUGGGAAGAGCUUCACCCACCCCUCCAGCUUGGCCCGGCACAGGCUCAUCCACACUGGGGAAAAGCCAUACGAGUGCUCUGUGUGCGGGAAGAGCUUCACCUACUCCUCCCACCUGGCCCGACACCAGCUUAUCCACACAGGGGAGAAGCCACAUCAGUGCUCUGAGUGUGGGAAGAGCUUCACUCAAUCCUCCCACCUAGCUGAGCACCAGCACAUCCACACAGGGCAGAAGCCACAUCAGUGUUCACUGUGUGGGAAGAGCUUCACCUACCCCUCCCGCCUGGCCCAGCACCAGCAUACCCACACGGGGGUAAAGCCACAUAAGUGCUGUGUGUGUGGCAAGAGCUUCAGCAAAUCCUAUGGCUUGGCCCAACACCAACGCAUCCACUACACAGGAAAGAAACCACAUCAAUGCUCUGAGUGUGGGAAGAGCUUCACCCGAUCCUCCCGCCUGACCGAGCACCAGCGCAUCCACGCAGGGGAGAAGCCACAUCAGUGCUCUGAGUGUGGGAAGAUCUUCACCUACAUCUCCAGCCUGACCCAGCACCAGCACAUCCACCACACAGGGGAGAAGCCCCAUCACUGCUCUGAGUGUGGGAAGAGCUUCACCUACUCUUCACAGCUGGCCCGGCACCAGCUGAUCCACACAGGGGAGAAGCCACACCAGUGCUCUCAGUGUGGGAAAUGCUUCACCUACUCCUCCAACCUGGCCAAUCACCAGCGCAUUCACAAGGGAGAGAAACCACAUCGUUGCUCUGAGUGUGGGAAGAGCUUCACCUACUCCUACAGUCUGGCUCAGCACCAGCGCAUCCACACAGGGGAGAAACCUCAUCAUUGCUCUGUCUGUGGGAAGAGCUUUACCUACUCCUCCAACCUGGCCAAGCACCACCAUAUCCACACUGGGGAGAAGCCACAUCAGUGCUCUGUCUGUGGGAAGAGCUUUGCCCGUUCCUUCCAACUGGCCAAUCACCAGCACACCCACAAGAGAGAGAAGCCACAUCAUUGCUCUGAAUGUGGGAAGAGCUUCAGAUCCUCCUACAGCCUGGCCCGGCACAAGCUUAUCCACACAGUGGAGAAACCACACCGGUGCUCUGAGUGUGGGAAGAGUUUCAUCUACUCCUCCUACUUGGCCCGGCACCAGCUGAUCCACACAGGGGAGAAGCUACAUCAGUGCUCUGUGUGUGGGAAGAGCUUCACUCAGUCCUCCCACCUAGCUGAGCACCAGCACAUCCACACUGGGGACAAGCCACACCAGUGCUCUGUGUGCGGGAGGAGCUUCACCUACCCCUCCCGCCUGGCCAAGCACCAGCGUACCCACACAGGGGAAAAACCACAUAAGUGCUCUGUGUGUGGCAAGAGCUUCAGCAAAUCCUAUAGUUUGGCUCAGCACCAGCGCAUCCACUCCACAGGGGAGAAGCCACAUGCGUGACUCAAGUGUGGGAAGAGCUUCACCCGAUCCUCCCGCCUGGCCCAGCACCAGCGCAUCCACGCAGGGGAGAAGCAACAUCCGUGCUCUGAGUGUGGGAAGAGCUUCAUCUGCUUCUCCAGCGUGACUGAGCACCUGUGUGUCCACAUGCUGACGAAGCUAGACUGAUGUUUGAAUGUGGUAAGGGCUUCAUCCGUUCCUCCCACCUGUCCCAGUAUCAGCACAUCCACACCCAGAAGCAUCCCUGAUUCUUCCAGCAGUGCAGGAAGGUCCUGGAGAUGUCUGCCUGCUCAGCACCCACCAGUGCUGCAUUUGGACAAGCACCCCUAUGCUGGUGGCCUGCAGAAAGAGUUCCCCCAGGCUUUGUCCCUUGUAGGGCACCACAGAAGCCCAGGGUCCAGAGUGUGGUCCCCAAGGUUUGAUUGUGGGGAGGGGCUAAGAUGAAACACCUCAUGCAGAGGUCAGUCCCAAUGCUGGGGGAGGAGACAAGGAAGAAAGGAAGGAUUUUUGCAUUAUCCUGGGAGCUUGUGCAUUCCCCAUCAGUCUCUAAAAGCAGUCAGUGCUCCCAGGGAAGAAGUGCCUUCAUGAUAGGGUGCCCUCCUGAAAAUUAUUGACUUCAGAUGACACCUAGGGCCUGUCCUUGGCCUCCUCCAACUGUUCUCCUCUGUCCUGGUCCUAGGAUUCUGGUACAUGAGGCUCUUGAACAGCAGGAACAAGGAAAUUUAUGGCUGGGAAAUCAUUCCCUGUCCUCCACUCUGACCGUGCCUUUCCUCACCACCACAUCAGCCCUCUCCCAGGUACUGCCCAUGCCCCAAUGGAGCUGCUCGUGCCCCCCUCCCCCCCAAGCCUUUUUGGCCUGUUUUGCUUUUCUGUCUCUCCACAGCUGUGCACCACUGGAUUGCUGCUGCUCCCCUACCCUCCCUCCCGUCAUGUCAUUCUCUCUGAUGCAUUUCCAGCUACUAUAGCCCCAGAACUGAACACGGUAUCCUGUGCUUGGUCUCUCGGUCCUCUCCAGAGCUGUGGAAUGGGAACAGACCAGGGCCCUGACCCCUUUCAGGGCAGAUCUCACUGUGACUUCCCAGCCCUUCUCUUUCCAGGCCAUUCACCGCAAUGUUGGGCUCGUGGCUAAGCCUUGGGAGCAGGAGUUGGUCCCAGCUGGGGCCUCCCCUGUCCUGCUAUGCAGCCAGGACCUUGCUGGUUUGAAGGACCCCCUGGGCAGGAGGCAGAAGAGUCCCUUUUCUAAGUGCAGUGAGGUACCGGGGUGAAGGAGAUGCAGCUGGUAGCGGGUCCUGCCUUUCCUGCAGAAGUGGAGGAAAGUAUGGCGAUAUCAUCUAAUUUCCCAUUGGGAAUGCCGAGGCCUUCCUGCUAGUGCCACCGCUGUUUGGCUCCACGAUGGUUUUGGGGAUACAUGUACUGCUGUGCAGCUGCCCGAGGGACCCCUGCAGCCCCAGGGCACUGGCCCCUGGCAGGGUGAGUCCAGCCAGACCGCUGCACCCCCUAGGAGGGAGGAGUGCAGGGACAGAGACCUUCCCCCUCCCUGGGAGCCCCUGCACAGGUGCACCCUGUUCUGGUGUGCAGAAGCCAGCGGAGCAUGUUCAGACAGGUAUCUGGGCUGCACCUUGAGGCUGAGAGGUGCCCAGGGCUGCCCCCAGCCCAGGCUGAAGCAGGGGAGACGUGAGCCAGAGACCCAAGCCCCAGGUCCUGGUGGGGUAGAGAUCAGAGAUAACAGCACACAGCACAGUCUUUGCACUGGAAGCAGCUGCAGGACUCUGCUCCUCUGGGACAGGAGCAAGGCACAAGACCUCUGAGCUGGCCCUGGCCAUGAGCAGAGGCAGCAGUGGGGAGCAAGGUCUUUGCCGGAGGGGCUGGAACAGGGCAGGGGGAGGAUGCUCAAGGGGCUCGUGUUGCUCCCACUGCCCAUGGGGAAGUGAACACCUCAUGUUGCAUCACUGGUGGCCUUGGCCUCACUCUGGGGCUGGGGCCUUUCUGUCUCUUGCCACCUCCCUUGGAUGGAGAUAACAGGAGGGUGCUGGGGGCUGCAGGUCACAGGGAGACUGGAGAGCAGCAGGAGUGGUGCAGUGGCUAGGGGAAGCCUUUCCCUCUUGGAUGGGACUUGUCUCUUCUCAGAGGUACGUCCCUGCUGCUUUCUGCUCUGUGCUCUUUCUCCUUGAGUCCUGCACGACCCCCUCUGUGCUCUGGGACGUCGUCUCUAUGGGUGUCCUUGCUCCUGGCUUGGCUAGUGUGAGCGGUGUCUGGUUGUGCACAAUUCAUUGCAGCCUCAGUCACAAGCUCAAGUGGAUCUGUGCUCAGAGGGGAAUCCCAGCAGGACCCAGUCCUAGAGCUCAUGGGACAGGACCCCUCAGGAUUGGGAACAGUAGGGCUGUGUUUCCAUUGAACUGCUCUGCCCAAGACUUCAGACUGCUGCUGGGCAGAAAACGCCAAUAACCCCUAUCCAGUGUGCACAAUUUUGCAGAUGCCUUUUAAGCCUGUGACUUUCCUGUAAUAAUCUGAGAGUAAUGUGAAAAGGGAAAACUGCUGGUACAUCCAAAAUAAAAUGUCCACUUUUUAAAACCAAAAAUUCCAAGACCAGCAACACACAAUGUGAAAAACUAUGCAAAAAACACACCACCCAAGAGAAUAUAUUGCACUAGAUCGUUUAUUUUGGUUCCAUAUUUUGGAAACUAUCACAGCUUCUUAUUUAAAUUCCAAGCUCUUUUUUUUUUUUUUUCUUUAAAUGCCAUCUCCUUCCGCAGCACAGAAAAGGGCAGCCAUGAGCUGUAAUAGGGUAGGUGGUUAGGAAAGGCAGCUAGCCUAGGGUUGUCCUUCAAGGGGAGGGUCUGUGUUCAAGCCGGUUGUCGACUUCCUUUUUGAACUUGUUUUACUUUCCUGGUCUGUUUCUGGGUUAUUUUAUCUGAUGAUGAGCUGCUCUGGGCCAUUGUAGGAAAAGUGGAAUAUAAAUGACAUGAAUGAAUGAGGAUGUGACAAGGCCACACAGGGAGUCACUGAGAGGGUGCAGUGGGAGAUUGCUGGCGUGAAACUUCCCUUUUCAAACUUCUUUAAUCCCAGCUGCUUCUGUCCCAUGGUCCACGCAAAGGCCAUGCUGGCCUUGGGGCUUGCAUGUGGGAUGCCUGCCAUGGAUUUGGAAGUAUCCGAGGCCCACGGUUGAAGAGUUUGGGAGGGAGGAGACUUGACAGGGCUAUCUAUACCCAGACUUGAAUGACUGAGCUGUGCUCUGUUGAUAGACUUGGGAACUGGGUUGGCUGAUUGGGCCCGAGACCAGGACAUUUGAAAAAUAAAUGAAUUGUAAUAAAUACAUCUUUGCUCCA